AUGUACCUUCUUCCCUCUCAGGUGUUUCUCCGGGAGUCUCUUGAGCACCGUCUGGAGAAGAAGCAGAGAGAGAUGGAGGUGCUGAGAGCCGCCAUGAUCAUCCAGGCUCACGUCACAGGAUUCAUCGCCAGGAAGCAGUACAGGAAGCUGCUGCAGUGCAUUGUGGUCAUUCAGAAGAACUACCGGGCGUUUUACUGGAGGAGGAGUUCCUGUUGCUUCGCUGGGGCCGCGCUCACCUUCCAGAAACGAGUCGAGGGCAAAGAGCCCGCCGGGCCUUCAGCCAGCUGCUGGAGGAGAUGAAGAGGAGGGAGGAGGAGAUGAAGAAGAG